CCAAAUCAUAUGCAGUAUGACCUUGACCGAGAUACCUCGGCUUCCGGUGAACCGUCCUUGGCAGAGAUGACAAAAACUGCCAUAGAAAUCUUGUCUAAAGGAGAUAACGGAUAUUUCCUCUUGGUUGAAGGUGCUCGGAUAGAUCAUGGUCACCAUGACAACCUUGCGAAAAAAGCAUUGUACGAGACGCUGACAUUUGAGGACGCCAUAAUCGACGCUUUAAGAAUGACAAACCAAGAGGAGACACUUGUUAUUGUCACGGCAGACCAUUCUCACGUGUUUGAUAUUGCCGGAUAUGCGUACAGAGGAACAAAUAUAUUUGGUUUGGUGGAACCUAUUGACCCUACUGAGAAGACGGUAGAUGGAAAGCCAUACAGCGUCCUGUACUAUGGAAAUGGUCCCGCUUACUCCGAGCCUCGCAAACUGCUGAAUGAGGAAGAAAUGCAGGACAAAGGAUUUGCUUUUCCCAGCGGUGUUCCAAUACCAUGGGAUACUCACGGUGGUGAAGAUGUUGCUAUAUACGCCCAGGGACCAAUGGCACAUUUAAUCCAUGGCGUCCAAGAACAGAACUAUAUUGCCCACGUGAUGGCAUACUCCGCCUGUAUUGGGGCAUACAAAGGUCCCGAUUGUGAUUAUGAGGCAAGAACGGCUGAUAUAAGUUCUGCUACUAGAAUGUCCAUUUCUUACGUAUUUCUAAUUUUUGCUACAUGUUCCUUACAUAGACUUAUUUGAACCAAUAAGUUUGUUUUAAAUUGUGCCAUAUUGCAGUAUUUCUUUGUGUGACAGGAAACUUUAUACACUAGAAACCUUGUUUUACUCACAUUUUGUAUUUUUUAUCAGUAAGUCUGUCAUAGGACUCUGUACCUGAACAUAUGUAAAACGAUAUUACAAAACGUUUUAUUUUCCAUGCAGGUUAAUAAAAUUAACUUUUGUUAGUUCAUUAUAAUUUUAAUGGCUUAUACAAAUCUGUUAAUUUUUAUAGAAUAUUUUUUAUGUAGCUAGCGUAGUUGUUAUACACGCAUAAUUUUUACACCCUUUUUAAUUGCCGAAAUUUUGAAAUAAAUUGUAAUUGACAUAACCCAAAUUUUACUGGGAAAUGUUCGUUAUUCCAAAUUUAGAAGUUCCUAAAUUCAGAGAUAUGAAUAACAUAGAAAGCGGUAGAAGAAAUUUCGGGAGUUUACGGUUUUAGAAUUUCCUUACAUGUAUACUGCAGUUACACUGUACA